AUGUCCAAAUUAGCUCCAGUGGAUGAGCUCACCGAGUCAGAUGGCACUGUCAGUCCAUCUCGCUCCCUCGAUCACAAGCAUCCGGCUCCGAUGGAUUCUCAAGAUCCACGAGAGUGGUCUUCCACUCGAAAGGCCCUGCUCUUUGUGGCACUCAUGUCGAGCUCCUUACUAGCUGAUGGAGCCAUGGUCUGGGGUUCAUCACUGAUCACUCAGCAAGCGAUCGAAUGGGAUAUUACUGUUGGUCACUCGGCGACCAGUAUGAACUAUGGAAUCCUACUUCAAGGCUUUGGUGGCAUCUUCGCCGUUCCUCUGAUCGAAGCUUAUGGACGAUUCCCGAUCUGGGUCUGGCCCCAGGUCAUCACCAUGUUCAUGGUCUUGGGUGCAACGCUUUCGACGGACUAUGCCACCUUUACCACCUUUCGUUCCCUGCAGGGCUUGUUUGGGACCGUGCCGCAAGUGAUUGGACUGCCUAUUAUUCAUGAUAUCUAUAGACCUGAUGAAUGGCCUCGUAUGAUCAAUAUCUGGGGCACCACAUUCUUAGUUGGUCCUUUCUUGGGUCCAGCCAUCGCGGGCUAUAUCGGGGCUGGUACAAAUUGGCGGGAUUCAUUUGGGAUCUUGACGGCGUUGUACGGAUUGUCCACAGCGAUGGUACUUCUGUUUGGGCGCGAGACCUUCCAUGUACCGGGCAAGCCGUCUGGGUCUCGAAUUGGCUCUUUCUUUGGGGUUGGCAAUACGGAGCUCCCGAAACUGGCGACUAUCGCAGAUAGGAGCCGGACGCUGAUAGUCUAUAUCUUCAAAUUGCCACUGUUCUUAACAGGUAUUGCUGUCAUGGUGACAUUUACCUGGCCGAUCGGAAUCACAACCACAAUCGAUACUUUCCUACACAGCCCUCCAUACCUCUUCGAUACAAUUCAGGCUUCUUCCAUGCGUUUUGCCGGUGUCAUCGGGGCUCUUUGCGGGUUUCUAGUUGGCCACAUCUUUAACGAGUGGAUCUACCGCCGCCAUUCCCUCAACUGGCGCACUGAGUACCGACUCCAUGGAGUGUGGUUCCCUGUCGGUAGCAUGGUAGCUGGCCUACUCACCUACGGACUGACGAUGAACUUUGAAAAACAUUGGAUCGGUAUCGCAUUUGGGUGGAUCAUGGUGAAUAUCGGCUUGAUAGCGAGUAUUGUGGCGAUUACCGCGUACGCCCUCGAAAAAUAUCCCGGCCAGGCCACCUGUGUCUCGGCCAUUCUGAAUAUGUGGCGCACCUGCGGCGGGUUUACCGUGGGCUAUUUCCAGCCGGCUUGGAUUGCACGAAAUGGACUGGGCCUGGUAUUCGGGAUUCAGGCUAUAAUAGUGGUGGUGGCCACGAUCUUGACGAUCACCCCGGUGUUCCUGCGCGAGCGUAAAAAGGGACGACAAGAGGAUACCGAGGCUGAGACUUCAGAGACUGCGUGA